AAUAAUAAAAAUUUAUAAACUUUGUUCAAAAACAAUUGUAAUUGUUCAUUGAGUAUUGAUAAUUUAGGAAGGUGGCAUCAUCUGCGUUAACUGCCGGCAAACAUAAUUCUAAAUAAUUUAAAAAAAUGGAAGUUAGAGGAAUAAUAUGUUAUUUGUGCAGGAAUGUUAUUUCAGGAAAGAGCAUCAAAAUAACUGAUGAACGCUUUAUACCAUUUAUACGGAAAAGAUUUAAGGAAUUUCGGAGUGUUUACCCAAUAUGUGAGGAAUGCUAUAGUGCUGUUAAAAAAGCUUUUCGCAUUAAAUACGUCGUCAAAUACUCAAGUUAUUUCAGUAAGUAAAGUAUCGAUAUCAAAUGACGAUGAUGAAGAACCCACAACCAGUAGUGCAGCUGCUGUUCGAGUGCAAAUGCGUUCUGUUGAAGAGGAUACAGAUGACAGCUCAUUAAGCCUAAAUGCGUUAAAUGGAACACGUAGACCUGACUAUCAACCUAUACCUAGAAGAAGAGAAAUUCAACACCGAGACCCAAAUAUACAGAACAUCUACUUAUCUGGUAUAACAGGUGGAUAACGAAACACUAUUACAUAGCAAAUAAUAUAAAAUAAAAUCAUAUAUUUGGAU